CCAACCUUAUUUUUCUAGAGAGAGAUAGAGAGUAGUUGCGCUUACUUUCUCUCUCCUCUCUCUCUGCUCUUUGGAAAUUGUAGUCAGAGUCAAGCAGUUUUAGAGAGAGGGGGAAGAAAGGAACCCAAAUCCAUUUUGUCUCCCUCUAUCUCUAUGCACGUUGAAGGCAUUUCUAGAGAGAGAAAAUUACCAAAUUUCCCUCUCCCUUCUCUCUCUGUCCGACCCAAAGGACAAAGGCAGUUAGAGAGAGAAAGAGAGAAAAGCAAAGGGUCUUCUUCCUAUUUCUGGACCGGGUUCGGGCUGCGGAUCACAGGAAAUGGAGUUCGUGGGAAGAAGUGUGAAGAAGGAGCUCAAAGGCCACGGUUUUUUCACCGGAACUGUGAAAUCGUACGCCGCCACAUCUGGGUUGUUCGAGGUCGUCUAUGAAGAUGGAAAUACUGAGGAGUUGAGCUUCGAUGAGGUCUCUCUGCUCCUUGGUUGCGGUGCUGAGGUUGACCUCGUGGAGGCCGCCGCCAAACCGGGCCGGAAGCCCAAAAAACGGCGGCGUAUUGAAAGGAAGCGAGAAAUUCGAGGUAAUGCUGCUCUUGGAAAUGCUUCUGGGUUUGAUGGGGAUUUGAAUGAAAAUUGUAAUUUGAGUGAUGGGUCUGAGGGAAAAUUGGAACUUGAACAGAGGUUUGGAGGGAAUUUGAGGGAAAAUGUGGCGGUUAGUGGGAAUUUGAAUGAAAAUGUUGAUUCUAGUAAUGUAGUGGAUAAGACCCUAGAACAGGGAACUGGGUUGAUUACUAAUGGGGAUGUGAAUCGAGUAGGUAAUUUGAAAAAUGGGAUUGAUUUGAAUGCUGGGUUUAAUUUGAAUUUGAAUGAUGGAUGUGACUUGAAUGUUGAUUCAAAUGUUGGCAUGGAGGGGGUUGUGGAGAAAAGAGAUUGUAUUGAUUUGAAUUUGGAUGCAAAUGACGACUUUGUUGAGAAUCGGAAUGGGGAUAGUAGUUUGGGAGGUUCAACUUUGGUUACCCAUGGAACCCAGAAGAGGGGCUGCGAUUUUGAUCUCAAUUUAGAAGUUAAUGAGGAGUUUAAGGAUACAGAAUGUGACUGUGAAGAAAAAUUCAAGGUUAAUCCCAAGUUUGAGAUGAUUGAAGGAAGUCUAGAAAAAGAGAGGAGUGGAGAUGGUGAAGAAAAGAUUACCGAAGAUGGUAAUUCUAAUGGGAUGUGUAAGGAAGUGUAUAUUGAUAUUAAUGAAGAUGUUCCCAUGAGGAACGUUGAUGACCCUAUUGACUGUGCAGCUGGUGAACGACUUGAUGAUAAAAAUUGUUGUUCCAGUGGAGAUUUGAAAGCUGAUAAUUCGGUUGGGAUUUUUGACACUGGCUGCAUUAAAGAUAGUGGAUUGGUGGAAGUUCUGGUAAAAGAUAGUCUCUCUGAGGCUCGCACUCCAAUGAUUCAUGGAAACCUAGGCGAUUCAGGAAGUCCAUGCAUUAAAAAAAGUAGCCGUAGAAAGAGGAGAAAACUACUGGAUAAUUUGAAAUCUACGACUACAGAGACAGUUUUGAGGAGAAGUGCUCGUAGAGGUUCUGCUCUAAAUCAUGUUUCUGUCAGUGAUCCAUUGUCCUCUUCUGCAGUGAGUGCAAUAACAGAGGAAAAACCAGUGAUUUCUGGUUGUGAAGAGACUGAAAAGCCCAGUGUUCUUCCUCAGUCUCUCGAAUUACCUCCUUCAUCACAACAUUUAAAUCUAGAUGGAAUUCCCGUACUUGACCUUUUUUCUAUUUAUGCUUGUUUAAGAUCAUUUAGCACUCUAUUAUUUCUGAGUCCCUUCAAGUUGGAGGAUUUUGUGGCCGCACUAACGUGCAAGACUCCUAGCUCGUUAUUCGAUCAUGUUCAUGUUUCUAUUUUACAAACACUGAGAAAACACUUGGAGUGGCUCGCAAAUGAAGGUGACGAAUCUGCUUCUAAUUGUCUGAGGAGUCUCAAUUGGGAUUUUCUUGACUUGAUUACGUGGCCAAUUUUUAUGGUGGAGUAUUUCUUGAUCCAUGGUUCGGGACUAAAACCGGGUUUUGAUCUCGGUUGCUUCAAGCUAUACAAAAUUGACUACUACACACAACCUGCUUCUGUAAAAGUUGAAAUACUGCGGUGUCUUUGUGAUGAUUUGAUAGAAGUGGAAGCCGUAAGGUCAGAGAUUAAUAGAAGGUCUUUGGCAGCUGAGCCGGACAUGGUGAAUGACCGGAAUUUGAACUAUGAGGUUGGCAAGAAAAGGAAGGCUCCAGUGGAGGUCGCUGGUACCUCGAAUUUGAAUGAUGAGGUUGAUGAUGACACCAACGACUGGAAUAGUGAUGAAUGCUGCCUCUGUAAGAUGGAUGGAAAUUUAAUAUGCUGUGAUGGUUGUCCUGCUGCAUAUCAUUCAAAAUGUGUUGGAGUUUCUAAUGAUCUUUUGCCGGAGGGUGACUGGUACUGCCCUGAGUGUUUGAUUGACCGGCAUAGACAUUGGAUGAAUUUGCAGAAGUCACUCCGAGGUGCAGAGAUAUUAGGGAUUGAUCCUUGUGGCCGGCUAUAUUUUAAAAGUUGUGGGUACCUGUUGGUAUCAGAUUCUUUUGAUCGUGAGUCCACAUUCAACUAUUAUGACAGAAAUGAUCUGAAUAAAGUUAUUGAAGUGCUAAGGUCUUCAGGUUUUUUCUAUGGUGGGAUAUUAGUGGCAAUCUGCAAGCACUGGGACAUUCCUGUUAGUUUUGAAGGAGCAGAUGGCAACAUUGGUUACUCGAUGCCCCUGGACCCUUUGGCAUUUUCAGAAACAUGUGCUGCUAAGAAUGAGACUGAUGAAGAUAAAAAACUGCAAGAAAAUUCAGUGACUGUGACAACAAUGCCAAAUAUAACUUCUGAAGUGCCAGCUGAAACCAUGCAAGUGGAAAGGUCAGUCAUGCCGUGCGAUUUAGAUAGACCUGACUUUGUGAAAAAACCUCAGCCUGAAGACUCUUCUUCACCAUCUACUAGCUUACAUGUUAGAAGGGGAAUCAAUAAACAUAAUAUGGAUCUUGGCAAUGCUUUGUCUUCAAUAACCGCUAGAAAAGGGGGCACUUCAGAAGUGUAUUGUAGAUUUGGUUAUAUGAACUAUUACAGUUUUGGCCAAAUUGCUUCAUCUGUUGCCGAGGAGUUGACGCGUAAGUCAUCAGAAAAAAUUAAAGAAGAUAAAAUAAUAACAGAAGAGGAAAUAAUAUCAGCACAGAUGAAGACCAUUUUAAAAAAAUCGUCCAAAUUUUUCUGGCCAAAUAUUGAGAACCUAAAUACAGGUGCACAGAAGGAGAAAUGUGGUUGGUGCUUUUCUUGCAAAGCUCCUGCUGAUGACAAGGAUUGCUUGUUUAUCAUGAGUAUGGGGUCUAUUCAGGAUGCUUCUUAUAGUGAUAGAGUUGGCCUUCAAUUGAAAAAGAGUGGGAAAGGUCAUCUUAAUGAUGUCAGCUGUCAAAUCCUAUCUAUUCAUGAUCGUCUGCAGGGACUUCUGUUGGGCCCAUGGUUGAAUCCACUUCACGUAGAACUGUGGCGUAAAACCCUUAUUCAGGCAUCUAGCAUUGCCUCCAUUAAAUAUUUACUUCUUAUGUUGGAGGCAAAUCUGCGUCAUCGUGCACUUUCAGCAGACUGGUUGAAACAUGUAGAUUCUGUUAAUACCGUGGGCUCAGCUUCUCAUGUUGUGACUUCAUUACGUAGCAGAAGAAGGAUCAAGUGUUCAGAUAGUGAGUCCAACCCCUCUUUAAAUGCUGCCAGUGGAUUGGGAAUGUUUUGGUGGAGGGGUGGUAGGCUUUCUCGUCAGGUUUUCAGUUGGAAGGUUUUGCCUCGUUCCUUGACUUCCAAGGGUGCCAGACAAGCUGGGUGUACAAAGAUACUGGGUAUUUUAUAUCCUGAGAAUUCAGAAUAUGCUAAGAGAAGCAAAUCUAUUGCCUGGCGAGCUGCUGUUGAGGCCUCAACUAGUGCAGAACAGCUUGCUUUACAGGUUAGAGAGCUUGAUUCAAACAUUAAAUGGGAUGAUAUUGAGAAUUCACACCCUCUGCCCACGUUGGACAAAGAGUCGAGAAAAUCAAUCAAGUUGUUCAAGAAAGUUAUUGUCCGCAGGAAGUGCUCUGAAGGGGGGGUGGUUAAGUAUCUUCUUGAUUUUGGUAAGAGAAGAGCUAUCCCUGACAUUGUGAAGAGAUGGGGUUCUCUGGUUGAAGAACUGUCCAGUGAGAAGAAAAAGUAUUGGCUGGAUGAAUCAUAUCUUCCCUUGCAUCUUUUGAAAAAUUUUGAAGAGAGAAGGAUUGCCCGAAAGUCUACUGAUGUGAAAUCUGGGAAAGUUCUUGAGGUUGCCAGAGUAACAAAGAGGCCCCGGGAAGAAAAGGGAUUUAUGUAUUUGUUUUCGAAAGCUGAAAGAUCUGAGUAUUAUAAAUGUGCACACUGCAACAAAGAUGUCCUGAAAAGGGAAGCUGUGAGCUGCCAGUAUUGCAAAGGAUUUUACCACAAAAGGCAUGCCAGAAAGUCUGCUGGGGCAGUGGUUGCUCGGUGUAAAUAUACAUGCCACCGAUGCCAGAAUGGAUUGCAUCCUAAGAUUGACACAAAAAGAAGGAAAGUUGAAACAAAAGGAGCGAUAGUAAAGCCACAGAAAUGUAAACCGAAAGGAGGGAAAGUACAGUCACAAAAAUGUACAAAUUCUCAAACAGGUCGCAGAUCAAUGCGUUUGAAAAACAAAAAAAAAGCUUUGGCUGGAGGACGACAAGUAAGAUUGAAAAAUAGCAAAACAGUUCCAGCAAUUGUACCUCUACGUCGUUCUCCUAGAAAAACUAAAAGCUUACCAGUGCAAAAUAAAAAACUUAGCAAAUGCAAGAAAGGGAAAAAAGGCAAAUCCAAUAAGGGCACUUAUAAGGAACCAAAUACAGUUACUUGGCAGAAGAAGAGAACGCAAGUCUAUCACAGUUACUGGCUUAAUGGUCUGCUAUUGUCUAGAAAGCCAAGUGAUGAACGUGUUACGCAUUUUUGGGAUAAGAAACUCCUUGUGCAUUCAGAAUGUGCGUCGACCAUUCUUGAUCAACCCAAAUGCCACCUUUGUUGUGAAGCAAGAUAUACGUCUUCUUUAAAUUAUAUUUCUUGUGAAAUCUGUGGAGUGUGGUUUCACGGUGAGGCUUUUGGACUGAAUUCAGAGAACAUUGGUAAGCUUAUUGGAUUUAAGUGCCACAUGUGUCGUGAAGGGAACCCUCCUGUCUGCCCCCAUUUGGAAGAUGUGAAAACUGAUGUCCCCCAAUUGGCUGAAGUUCAAAUUGAUGGUACCGUUGAUUGUUCUGAGGAAGUACCCAACUCUGUCCCACCUUUAAGUGAGAUCACAUGCAAUUGAACACUUUUGGCAUUAUUGGAAGAUGGGUACUUCAGUGUGUUAUCUGUUCUUUCUACAUGAAGGCAUUCUUAUUAGUUGAGGUACUUCAUUGAUAUUAUUAAAGGCAGAGUUGUGAGAACAGAUGGGUGUCAGGAUCCUCCACUCGAGAUUUUUCAGUUAGGUGAAGAGGAAUAUUGUGAGGCGAGUUACUUUCCUGUGUGGUGAAGUUGUGGCAGUGGUGCCAUAUAUCAAGAACCAUCACAAAGAGCAAAUGAACCAACAAAAGAGGCCGAAGUGGUUUCUAAUUAUCUUUAUAGGUGAUCUGCUUGUAGCGAUUGAGGACGACGGGUGGAACACCCGAGGCUGCGUUCCUGGUGGAGUUACUACCUGACGAUGUUUAGAUUUGAUCGUAGGAGGUCCUGCAUUUUCCGUCAUUUGUGAGGCAGGAUGAUUAGGUGAUACUAACAAUUAUUAAUGAAAUUUCAAUUGGAUUUGAGUAGAGACCGAAGAGAAUUAAUUUCAUAGACAGCAGAUGCUAUUUAUUCUUUCAGUCAAAGUAACUGAGAGCAACAGCAUUUAGAUUUUAGAUUGUUCUUACUCAGACCGUGACAGACAGCUUCUCAAGUUUGAGAUUUUCUAGUCGGCUUGAUUGUAUUCUUACAACCUGCAAUGAUAUUGUAUAGGUAAGUACAUAAGAUAUUUCUGUUUUUCCUGGUAGAAAUAAGGUAUUCUUAAAAUUCUUAGGGUGUGGUUGCCCAACUGACCCAUAUAUAUUUUAUUUUAUUUUUUAAUCUUAA